ACCGAGCCAAGCAAGCAUGCUCGGCCCUCUGCCCCUCUCUCACUCACCCGAAGCUCACAUCGCAGCCGCAACCGCAAGAACACCGCUCCGUCAGGUGUCGGCCAGGCCAGCAGCUAGCGCGAGGAGAUAGAUGGCCAAGAAGCCCCCGCUCCAGCAGGCCGCCGCGGCCCUCCUCCUCCUGCUGCUGGUGGUGCUCGUGGCGGCCGCGCCGUGGCUCCAGACCGCCGGCGCCGCCUCGGGGUUCUGCUCGAGCAAGUGCGGCGUGCGGUGCGGCCGCGCGAGCGCGCGCGCGCGUGGCGCGUGCAUGAGGACCUGCGGCCUCUGCUGCGAGGAGUGCAACUGCGUGCCCACGGGGGCGCGCGGCGGCGUCAACGAGUGCCCCUGCUACCGCAACAUGCUCACCGCCGGGCCCAGGAAGAGGCCCAAGUGCCCCUGAAGCGAGCGACCUCACCGGGACGCAAGCUGCUAGCUGCAAUCCGCCAGCCAGCCAUGAAAGAUGACGACGAGACGGACGGACCUGCCAUCCCUGCUACGUAUGUAUGUAGUACGUACGUGUUUAUGUAUAUCGUCCGCGUGAUAUGUAAUCUGCUAGUACCAACUACCUAGUCGUGUAUGUUGAAAUCUACUAGUAGUAGUGCCAAGCUGAACCUAAGGUUCUGAAUCGUCAUCAGUAGCAGUUGGCAUAAUGAAAAUAGGACCAUGUAUGUGCGUGCACAAGUGUCAUCUGGAUCCACCAGCCGUGUGAUGAUAUUAGCUCUCGUGCGUGCCUGUACUCGUAGCUAGCGUUGUACGUAGUGUGCAUGAUCGAAGGAAUUAAUCGUGUAAUGUGCUGCUUGUACUACUAA